AUAGAUAGACUGGUCCAUUGUCACAUUGUUGCACCUGACCGACGCUGGAGGGUCGUCCUUGAUGCAAAUACCGGCCUAGCACCUCGACGCAAUCGCCCCCUCACUCCGCCAGGCCCCACGAGGGGGCUAUCACCAUGGGAACGCCGGAGCAUGAUGGCAUUAUCAUCCCUAUUCGAGGUUCACAGCGUGCAGAAUGCGUACAUCUGCUGGCCGAAGAUUUGCCUGAUGUGAGUGACUCCGCGGAGUUCGACGCCAUUCUCCAGAUCUUACAGGCCGAGUUCGCCUUACCAGACGUGUGGGCGGAUGUGGCCGAGGCCUACUACUGCAAGGGGCGACCUGACCUCUUCCGACAAGUGCUGCAUUUGCUUCGGGAUGGUUUGAAGGAAGCGGGGGUACAAGAGGAAAUGGAGGGGAAUACGGAGGCUCAGAAAAGGGAGUUUCGAAGAGGGCUUGUACGCGUCUACAAUAUGCUAGGUGCACUGGCGACACAGGAGGCGAUCAAAUUCAAGCGUGCGGAGGACGAAGAGCGGCGGAUGGAAAUGUGGGACGUAGCCAAGCACAAUCUUGACGUUGCGGACACGGUGGUGCAAUACGCCGAGCCUACGCUUCUGAAUAAAGGUUGGAUGGCCAUGAAUUUGAGCGCGGGGAGCACCUGGAAGCACGCCAAGUACCUGUUCAACAACGCCAUCACCGAGGCGAACAAUCGAGGCGGACAGAAUCUGAUGGCCAUGCUCGGUCUCGCCAUCCAUGCUUUUCACGUGAACACGCCUGCCGAACUCAGGCGGGCGCGGAAGCUCUUGGGCGAGGUGAUCCGCCGCCAUCCCCAGUGCCCCGCGGAAGUGCGCGUGGGCUUCGGCCUCUGCUGCUACCGGCUGGGAGAGGUUGACCGAGCCAAGGCUGCCUUCAAGCGUGCGCUUGUCUUGAGUCGGGGCAAUCGCUUCGCCAUGCUGGCCUUGGCCCGGGCGGAGCUCGCCGACGCGGAGCCGGACGAGUACUUGGACACUCUGGAUCGCGUUGUGAGGAUGCAGACGGCCGCCUACGUGCAGGACGAGAAGGAUCCCCUGGCCCUUGUCAGCCUGGCCACCUACUACCUUCACAAGUGGUUCCCGGUGGGGGCGCAAGCCGUGCGGGUGGUGGAGGGGAGCGAGAAGGUGGAGUUGGAGGCCGCCAGGGGGGCGGGGGAUCGACCCCAUCGCUUGGAGCGGGGCGACCUGAUACGCAUCGGGCCUGUCUUUACCUGCCGGGUGUUGGACGUGGUGGACGUAGGGGGGAAAGGGGCAGAGGGCAGGA